AUGUCUGUGUCAUCGUCUUUAGCUAGUCAGUCACAGGCAGAGCUAACUUAUUUGAGCGAUACUAGCGACCAACAAUGGAGCCCUGAAAAUAACAGUCAAAAUCCUCGACCUGAAAUGGCUCUUCCAUGGCCAGGUGUUGUUCAAUAUGAAAAUAAUAAUGCUCAUACUGUUCCUGCGCCUGUGUACGGGAUGCAAAAAUCGAUGGCACAUGAGAAUUCGAAUUACUUCAAUAUGAACAAUAACUUCAGCCAGCCUACCAAGGAAUAUGCGGAUUUAUCAUAUCAAAAAAGAGAGCCAAUUAGCAAUGGUCACUACAUACCAAACGGCGUAAACAUUCCUGAUGCUACUUUUACUAUUACUAAUAUGCCAAGAAACGGGCCAGUGUUCACAAAUAGUUAUCCUAAUCCUCCUAGAACAGAGCAAUACGUGAAUGCAAAUAAUGUAUGGAACAACGCUCCUGCAAAUGGUCAACAAGUACCACGCACCAAUUGGAAUGUGAACAAAGUAAUGAGUAAUGGAAUCAAGAAACCAAAACGUGCGCGUACAGCCUUCACAACAAAUCAAAUGAUGGAGUUAGAACUUGAAUACGCGAGAACAAGAUAUCUUGACCGCAAUCGGCGCAUCGAGCUUUCCGAGACGUUGCAACUCAGUGAAAAGACAGUAAAAGUUUGGUUUCAAAACAGGCGUAUGAAAGAUAAAAAAGAAAGAGCUGAAGGAGGUGAAGAUUUUGAAGCUACUAGUACAACUGAGUCGUCGCCAGAAAAUAACAUGCCUCCACCUCCAUACAACACCUAUCAUCAAACCGUGCAUAAUACUGUUUAUCACCCAAGACAGAUUAUGCACGAUGAACGAUAUCAAGUACCUAUGCCUACUUUAGACACAAGUACAAUUCCUGUACCAGUGCAGAAUGCGGUUGUGAAUGCAUAUCCUAACUUUUUCACUACUAGCAAUACAGUUAAUCAUAAUUUAAAUAAUGAACAAGAUAAUUUACAAUCACAGUUUCAAUCUAUUAUUGUUAAUGACGAAGUUGAUAACGCAUCGAUAGAAGUAAAUGAUGAUGAGACAAUAAGCAAUACGGAAGAAACUGUGAGCGAUAUAAAGACAGAAGAAUCUUCUCCUGAAUUUAAUAAUGAAGAUAGUGAAGCAUCGAAGGCUAAUGUCAAUGGAGAAAAUUGGGGAGAAUUAUCGUGGGUUCGGAUUAUGGAUAUGAAUGAUGAAGUUUAA